AUGUGGCCGUUCAAAAUACAAACUUCUGAAAUGCAGGGAGAGUGUAGAGAACCAAGGUUUCUGGACUUCCGCUCAUCUAAAUGGUUCAUUAUUAGCACAAUCUGUGUUGCAUCAUUCAGUGACUCUUUCAUCUAUGGAGUCGUUAUUCCUGUUCUUCCAAACGAACUGGAACGUCGAAUUGGAAUUGCAGAUGAGGACCUCGAAUUCUGGAAUUCUAUGCUUUUAACAGCAUUCGGCCUUGCCCAGUUGAUAGCAAGUCCACUCUUUGGCUACUAUGCCGAUCAAAGUUCAUCACGACGAGCACCUUUACUCACGGGAUUCUUCUCCAAUGCAGCUGCUACGGCUGUCUUAUAUUUUGCACAGAAUGUUUGGAUACUGGCUCUGAGCCGUUUUCUUCAGGGACUCUCGGCAGCUGUCGUAUAUACAGUCGGAUUUGCUCUGCUUGCAGACACAGUUGGCUCAAAGGAUAUUGGACAAUGGAUGGGAUACGUCAUUUCGAGUCUCAACAUUGGAAUGCUGAUCUCCCCAACCAUAGGCGGCAUGAUGUAUGCAAGACUUGGUUAUGGAUCCUUAUUCAUCGUAAUGUUUAUUCUUAUUGCGAUCGAUAUCGUUAUGCGUUUGUUCAUGAUCGAGAAAAAAGUUGCCGCGGGAUUGAAAAUAGAUAAAACUAUAGGUGAAACACACACGUACGGGACCUUUCAGCAAAGUGUCGACAAUGCCGUUUUCGAACAACAAAUUUGGUCUGCACCUUCCACUAGCGACAUAGCCUCCGCGCCACUGCUUGGUAACAACCAAAAUCAACUUCCACCAGCAGACAACAAGAGGCAUCCAAUAGCCUUAGUGACUCUGUUAAAAUCUCCACGCAUAUGGGCUGAUUUGUACGGUGUUUGGGUGACUGUAUUUCUACUCGCAAGUUUCGAUGCAGCUCUCCCAAUAUUUGUGGAACGAAAGUUCAAUUGGGAAUCAACAGGUGCUGGCUUAAUCUUCUUGACCAUAACAUUUCCCAUAUUUUUAGCACCGAUAGCUGGUAAGCUCUCUGAUGUCUGGCCCUCUCGAUGGCUCACUGCAUCAUACUUCAUCAUAUCUGCUAUCUUCACUGUCUUGCUCGUCUUGAUACAUAGGAAUAGCACUGAUCAGAUUGCUGGGCUUGCUAUCCUUCUUACACUUUAUGGCGUCGCCAGAGUCUUCGGUUCAUCACCAUUAGGUGCCGACUUGAGUCGAGCGGUAGCAAGUUUGGAAAAAGAGACGCCCGGCAUUUUCGGUAAGACGGGAGCUAGCGGUCAAGUUUUCUCCUUAUAUACCAGUGCUAGUGCAGCGGGAGUUCUUGCUGGCCCUGCUUGGACUAGUUACGCCUUUGGAGAAAGAAGCUGGAUAUUUUUCGUUUCAAGUCUUGGAAUCUUGACUGCAACUGUUGCAAUACCAGUUAUUUUAUUCACAGAGCCCGAGAAAUCGGGAAAGAGAACCGAUGUAGAAGUGGCGGCUGUAGAGUAG